AGUGGGUGACCGGGUGGGAGGAGACCUUGAUGUUGAUGCGGGGUCCCAGCCCGGAGCUGCCUCACACGGUCCCGCUGUGUGAGUGUGUGUGAGUGUGUGUGUGGGUCAGACACACGCAGAGCCGGAGCCCGAGCACUCGGUGCUGCUGCUCAGUUCCUGGGGAGCGAGCAGUUGGGGGUCGGGGAUUGGGAGCGCUGAUGAUGUCCACGGCGGAGGAGAGCCGUGUGGCUGCGGUGACUCCGCUGAAGCUGACCGGGCUGGUGUGCGCGGUCCUGGCGCUGUGUCUGGACGUGGUGGCUGUGCUGAGCCCCGCCUGGGUCACCGCGGACACUCACUUCUCCCAGUCCCUGUGGCAGGCGUGUGUGCGGCCCGCCUCCAGCCCAGGCACUCCGUGGGUCUGCACCUGGACUCUGGACAGCGAUUGGAAAAUUGCUACAGUGGCUUUGCUUCUGGGUGGAGCAGCCAUUAUCCUCAUUGCUUUCCUCGUGGCUUUGAUCUCAAUCUGUCAGGGAACCCGUCGGAGAUUCUACAGACCUGUGGCUGUCCUGUUAUUUGCUGCAGUUGUUCUCCAAGUAUGUGGGCUUGUUUUGUAUCCAAUCAAAUUCGUAGAAACAGCCACCAUGCAAACAUACCACGAAUUCAACUGGGGUUAUGGUAUUGCCUGGGGAGCUACAAUCUUCGCAUUCGGGGGAGCCAUCCUUUACUGUUUAAAUCCCAAGAAUUAUGAUGACUACUACUAGAACAGAACUGAUUCUACUAAGAAAAUGAAAUACUCACAUCUCCACUAACUGGUUGCUCUCUAAGAUAGUGAAGUGUAGCAUUCAAUCUGUUUUAUCAAUACACUAUUCACUUUGGCUGCAUUGAAGAUAACUGCUUGAAAUCCUGUGCCACAGCUAACAAACUUCAGAAGAAUUCAAAGAUUAUUUUUCUGUGCAUUAGCCAUGUCAGAUACAAGCUUCCAAAAGUGUCAUAUCGAUUGAAAUGAAUCAGAGAGUUGGAAGUACAGUGAAGAAUACCAAUAUCAAGAAUACAAGAUGAAAAUCAUAAUGCGUGGAUGCUCAUUCCAAUCUGCCUUCUGAAAAGCAUUUGCUCCAAACUAAAUGGACAUGUAUUUUCAUUCUGAGGCUGGAAGUGGUGCCUUUUUGGACUAAUGUAUGACUUGGCUGGGGUAAAGUAUGGAACAUGCUGAUUGUACUGCAGUGACUCAAGUCAGACAUGCAUGCUUGUGUCAGUUUAAACGAGUCAGCCACACCUUCUCUAAAACUAGCAUUGCACUCUAAACAGGAGUAUAGAAUUACUACUACUACUAUCAAUUGUUUCAGAGAUAUGUAAUGUAUCUGGAACACAAAGCAGUUUCCAAGCUGUACUGAAUUUCCAUUAUAUUGUCCAGCUAAAGCUGCACCAUCCUGUUUUAGCUUUCUUAUGCUUAGAAUCACAUUUUGUAGAGUAUCUUCAUCAGAGAUAAAAGCAUAACAAAGGUAUAUAGAUUACAGCUUGAUUUGAAGUCACAGAUGAGCAUGUUGAUGCAUUGAAAGUUAAUAACUUUGCCUAGAAUGAUCCAGUAUAUAAUGGUUCGCACUCUAAUUUACUUGAGCAAUGACUGUAUUUUUAUAAUAAGUUUGUGUACACUAAUCUAUUUCCUGUAUGUACUAUAUUCCUUAAACUGUGCCUAAAAUCUAAUUUUGAUCAAUAUCUAUUAAGAUAAAUAUGAUAAAUAUCAGUUGCAGAUA